AAUCCAAGAGACUCUGAAGGCAGAUUUUUCGUUUCCUCUGCUUCCUCUUUUGCCGUUUCCUUCGGGAGAACAAACGGCGGCUUAAACAAAAAGCAUCAGGUAAUUCUGCAACAUGGAGGAAAAAUGUGAGGAGCUUCAGGUGCCUAUUGGGACUCUAAAGUCAAUAAGCUUUAGCAUUUCGAAUAACAAAGAUCUAAAAAACAUGUCUGCCAUGGAAGUUGAAGCAGCGAAUCAAGUGACUGAUUCAUGGUUAGGGCUCCCAAAUCGGGAUGAUAUAUGCAAAUCAUGUGGCAGCAAAGAUAGAAAAGUUUGCGAAGGGCAUUUUGGUGUUAUUAACCUCAGGUAUCCGGUGAUUAACCCGCAUUUACUUAAGGAGGUAGCUACAUUGUUGAACAAGUUCUGCCCUGGAUGUAAAUACACGAAGAAAAAACAGUCUCAGUCUCAGUCUCAGAAUCCUGAAGACCGGCCUGACAGAUGUAGAUAUUGCAUUUCAAAUACAGAUUACCCUCUAAUGAAGUUCAGGGUAACAACAAAAGAAGCCUUUAGGCGAUCUGGAAUCGUUUGUGAAGUGAGUGAAGACAAUCUGGUUAAGCUCAGUAAACGGGGACUAUCAGCACUACCUCCAGAUUAUUGGGAGUUUAUGCCUAAAGACCCAAAUAUCGACGAAAGCUGUUUGAAACCAAGCAGGCGGAUUCUAACGCACGCACAGGUUUAUGCACUGUUGAGUGGGAUUGAUGAGAGGGUGAUCAGGAAGGACAUCCCCAUGUUCGACUCUCUUCCUCUGGCAUCUUUUCCAGUUACGCCAAACGGUCAUCGUGUAUCCGAGAUGGUCACUCAGUUCACCGGUCCUCGACUAGUUUUCGAUGAACGAACUCGUAUCUACAAGAAACUAGUUGGCUUCGAAGGAAAUGGUCUUGAGCUGAGUUCUCGUGUGAUGGAAUGCAUACAAUACUCAAGACUCUUUUCGGAAAACGUGUCUCCUAGUCAAGAAUCUGCAAACCCUUACCAGAAGAAGUCAGAUACUCCCAAGCUAUGCGGUCUAAGGUUCAUGAAAGAUGUGCUUCUCGGUAAAAGAAGCGACCACACGUUCCGGACAGUGGUUGUCGGCGACCCGUAUCUCAAGCUCAACGAGAUCGGCAUACCUCGGAGGAUCGCAGAGAGGCUUCAAGUAUCCGAGAAUCUCAACGACUGGAACAGAGAACGCCUCGUCACCUCCUGUUUCCACAAGCUCCUCGAGAAAGGAGAGACUCACGUGAGGAGAGGAGGUCGCUUAGUGGGUAUCCGAGCCAUCGACGAUCUCCAAACGGGAGACAGCAUCUUACGUACGCUUAAAGACGGAGACACGGUGUUGAUGAACAGACCUCCUUCCAUUCAUCAGCACUCGCUCAUCGCAAUGUCUGUUAAAGUCCUCCCCACUACCUCCGUCGUCUCGUUAAACCCCAUCUGUUGCUUACCCUUUCGUGGUGACUUCGAUGGGGACUGUCUUCACGGGUACGUCCCUCAGUCUAUCCAAGCCAAGGCUGAGCUCGACGAGCUCGUGGCUUUGGACAAGCAGCUUGUUAACAGACAGAACGGUCGUAACUUGCUGUCGUUGGGACAGGACAGCUUGACGGCUGCGUAUCUGGUUAACGUCGAGACGAACUGUUUCCUGAACCGAGCUCAGGUGCAGCAGCUUCAAAUGUAUUGUCCCUAUGAGCUUCUUCCGCCUGCGAUCAUCCGAGGUUCGAGAAGUGAGCCGCAAUGGACGGGGAAGCAGCUGUUUGGGAUGCUUUUCCCUCCAGGGUUCGAGUACGCUUACCCUCUGAAUAAUGUGGUUGUAACCAACGGGGAGCUUUCGUCUUCUUCCGAUGGGUCUGGUUGGUUGCGUGACGGAGAAGGAAACUUCAUCCAGGGUUUGAUGAAGCACGAUAAAGAGAAAGUUCUUGAUAUAAUCUACUCGGCUCAAGAAAUGCUCUCUCAGUGGCUGCUGAAUCGAGGACUUAGUGUUUCUCUAUCUGAUUUGUACUUCGCAUCUGAUACACAGUCUCGGAGAAACUUAACGGAGGAGAUUAGUUACGGUUUGCAAGAAGCUGAGCAAGUCUGCAACAAGCAGCAGCUCAUGGUCGAGUCCCGCAGAGACUUCCUCGCGGUUAACGGAGAAGAUAUGGUCGUCGCUGAUGAUUUGGAGCUGUUCUGUUACGAGAGACAGAGAUCAGCUACCUUAAGCAAGCUCGCGGUUAGUGCCUUCAAGGAUGCGUAUAGAGACGUCCAGGCUCUGGCGUAUAGAUACGGAGACCAGUCGAACUCGUUUCUCGUCAUGUCCAAAGCUGGUAGCAAAGGGAACAUGGGGAAGCUCGCUCAGCACAGUAUGUGCAUUGGACUUCAGAACUCAUCAGUUGCGUUGUCCUUCGGGUUUCCACGGAAGCUGACUUGCGCCUCGUGGAACGACCCGAACAGCCCGCUUCGAGGCGCGAAAGGAGAAGACCGAACGGCUCAUGACUCUUUUGUUCCCUUUGGUGUCGUUGAGAGUUCGUUUCUGACUGGUCUGAAUCCGUUGGAGUCUUUUGUUCAUUCCGUGACGAGCCGAGAUAGCUCCUUCAGCGGUAAUGCUGAUCUCCCGGGGACGCUUAGCAGGAAGCUGAUGUUCUUUAUGAGGGACAUAUACGCUGCUUACGACGGGACGGUGAGGAACUCGUUCGGGAACCAUUUGGUUCAGUUUCGUUAUGAGAGUAGUGAUGAUGCAGAAGAGGACAUGACCGGUGAAGCAGUUGGAUCGCUUUCUGCUUGCGCUCUCACCGAGGCUGCUUACAGCGCGCUUGACCAGCCCAUUAGCCUUCUUGAGACUUCUCCUCUUCUGAAUCUUAAGAAUGUGUUGGAGUGCGGGUCGAAGAAAGGUCUAAAGGAACAGACAAUGUCUUUGUACUUGUCUGAAACACUUUCUAAGAAGAAACACGGGUUCGAAUACGGGGCACUGGACAUCAAGAGCCACUUGGAGAAACUGUGUUUCUCAGAGAUUGUUUCAACGUCCAUGAUGAUAUUCUCUCCGAGGACUAACACAAGGAUGCCUAUGAGCUUGUGGGUUUGCCAUUUUCAUAUCUCCAAGAAAGUACUGAAACAGAACCAACUGGACCUGGAAUCUGUUGUCUCUUCAUUAAACAAGCAGUAUGCGAACAGGAAGAAAGAACUGAAGCUUGAUGUCAUAGAUUUAGAUAUACAAAGCAAAAACCACUGCUCUUGGGAUGAUAAGGCAAUGGAAGAUGAUAGAGUCUGCAUCACAGUUACUGUUCUCGAAGCCUCCAGGCACGAUUCUUUGGAGCUUGAUGCUAUUCGCCUUGUCUUGAUCCCUUUUCUUCUCGACUCUCCUGUCAAAGGCUACCGAGAGAUUAAAAAGGUGGAUAUCUUAUGGGUUGACAGACCAAAAGCUCCCCAAAGGAAUAAGAAAGGCUUUGCGGGUGAGCUUUUCUUGAAGGUUACAAUGCAUGGAGUUCGUGGCAAAAGGAGCUUCUGGAGCGCUCUUCUCGAAACCUGUCUUCCCAUUAUGGAUAUGAUCGAUUGGACAAGAAGCCAUCCUGACAAUAUCCGACAGUGCUGCUCUGUUUACGGAAUAGACGCUGGACGUAGCAUCUUCCUAGCGGAUUUGGAGUCUGCUGUGUCGGAUACAGGCAAGGCGAUGCUGCGGGAACAUCUGCUUCUUGUAGCUGAUUCCCUCUCAGUCACCGGAGAGUUUGUGGCGCUAAACCCCAAAGGUUGGAGUAGACAAAGACAGGCCGAGUCCACUCCUGCUCCUUUCGCUCAAGCGUGCUUCUCGAACCCAAGUCAAUGCUUUCUCAAAGCAGCCAAGGAAGGUGUCACAGACGAGCUUGAAGGAUCUAUCGACGCAUUGGCUUGGGGCAAAGUUCCUUCCUUUGGAACUGGAGAUCAGUUCGAGAUUAUCAUCUCCCCUAAGAAUCAUGGGUUUAGUACACCGGUGGUAGACGUGUAUGGCUUUCUCAGUAGGACGGCCACGCUUCCAAAGAAAAAGCCUGUCCGUGCAACAAGCUCCUCCUUGCCCAAAUCAGACGAGUUCACGGUCCAGCCAUUCCCCUUGCUCGACACGGCUCUCUCGAAAGCAGUCAAGACACUCGAUGGGAAAGGACUCACCAGGUCGCAGCUCAGAAUGAUCUUUACAUGGGACGACAUGGAAAAGCUUUCUCGGUCGCUGAAGCGCAUUCUCUACAAUUACGAGAUUGAUGCUACGUUGAAUGAGUUGGACGGGAGACUUCUGAUGAUGGCUCUUCUCUUCCACCCCAACAGAGAUGAGAAGAUAGGACCAGGCUUCAAAGGAAUCAAGGUGGCUAAUUCUAAGCACGGGAAUGCUCGUUGCUUUGAGGUGGUGAGAACAGACGGAACAACUGAAGAUUUCUCGUACCACAAGUGUGUGUUGGGAGCGACAGAGAUCAUUGCCCCUAAGAGGGUAAACUUCUACAAGGCGAAGUACCUUAGGAACGGUACGGUGCAGCCCGGUGCUGUCUGAAAAACAAACUCCAAAAACAAACUAUCUUUUGUCUGAUAUAAUAUUGAACAAUGUAGAAAGGUCGUUGUGUGUGUGUGUGUGUGUUAUGGGGAUAGAUAGAAAGAUAGAUAUAGGGGAAAAGCUUGUCUUUGCUCUAAGCUUCUUUUUGCUCCUUUCAGUAUGUGAUACCUUUGCCUUCAACCUUUAAAAGGCUUAAAGGUUCAUUACUUAGUGGAAGCAGCAACGAGAAGCUGGCAAAGCAGAGCUUCUGUGCUUCUGUUCUGUUUCUUGUUUCUGUUUGUAAGACUUUGGUUUAUUCCCUGGUUUAACUAUCAAAUAU